AUGGAGGAAAGAGAAAAUUCAGGUGGCACUUUUGAUGGUGCAUACAACAAACUGACUAGUCAAGAGGACUUAAAUGCGGAUGACCACCCUCUCUACUCAAACCAAGAGAAGCGACAAGUGUCCAUGUCCAUGGUGAGGACUGCAUCCCGUUUGAACCGUCACAAAAUGCUCGCAGUAAGCCUGGCAGUGCUUGCUGUCGUUCUGCUAGCAGUCGACAUUGGCCUGGGAGUCUACUAUAGCAGACUUACUGAUGGACAUCGUAUAUUAAUGGACAUCAGCAAUGAGGUAGCCAAACUGCAGGUUACUUACAACACUGCAAUUCAACGCAGGGACGAAGUCAAGAAACAGCUGGCAAAAGAGAUCAGUGAGCAGCGCCUCAUCAAGUGGGAGCUUGAACACCAGAAGAAAAGAAGCAAAGACUACGAAAAGCAGAUUGACAAAAUUCAUAUGGAAAUAGCGGCGCUGAAAUCCCACGUGCCAAUGAUCAAGGAGGGCUGCAGACACUGUUUACCAGGAUGGACUUUCAUGAACUCAGUGUGUUACUACUUCGCUUUCUCUGAUGCUCUGUCACGCAGAUCAUGGCAGGAAGCCAGACAGUUCUGCACGAAACAAGGAGCCGACUUGGCAGUAAUAGAUACCACAGAGAAGCAUCUGGCAAUCAGUGACUUGAUAAAUAAUUAUCAAGACCCUUCGAGACCCAUAGCCCACAGUGGCUUCUGGAUUGGACUGAGAGAUGUGGAACAGGAAGGGACUUGGAAAUGGCAGGAUGGAACAAGACUGACUGAGGGGUACUGGAAUGAUGGAGAGCCGAACAACCAGGGCAAUGAAGACUGUGCUGCCGCGUAUCCCAGAAGCAACCCCUUUAAGUCCUGGAACGACGCUCCAUGUAGUUAUGAACUGAAAUGGAUUUGCGAAAAGGCACCAAGGUCUGCGAGUUAA